GCCGCCGCAGCGAAGAGGCCAUGUUGUGUGGUGUGUGGGGCGGGGGGAGGAGGAGGAGGGAGUAAAGCCUAGAGAGGAGACGGGAGAGAGACACCACACACACGGCACAAGAUGGCCGGAGAGGCAGCAGCACCCCGAGCUGUCAGGCGUUCUGCCGCGGCCGCGAGGCCCGCCGGCCGACGGGGAGCUACGCCCGGACGGCCAGCGGGCCCGCGGGAGUGGGGCGGCCGCGGCUGAGGCGAGGCGGGCCGCGCGCUUCGGCGUCAGAGCCCGCGGCAGAGGCGCCCAGGGCGGCCGGGCCCACGACGCCGAAAGCGCCGCUGCGGUUGCCGCCUCGGAGGCUACCCCGGGCCCCGGCGGCUGGAACUGGCGCGGGCGGGAGGCUCGGGCGGGCGGUCCGGCCCGGGACUCGGGUUUGGGCGACCAGGAGGUGCCGGUGGCCGCGCUCGGACCCGGUGACUUAAGAGAUUAAAAAUUAAUUUGGUUGCUGAUGGUUCUGAACAAAUAGAGUUAUUUGAGGUAUGCCAUUUUGAAGACUGAGACAUUGGAGAUUUAUCCAAGAGGAUAAAGGAAAUCUUUGGGAAAGUCAGUAUUUUAUAUAGCAAAAAUACGAACCUCAAACUGAAUCCUCUAAAGGCCCCAUACAAUGAAGUAGACAUUGGUGGAAGCAUUUACACCCAGUCAGCUUGAAGAGUUUCAAAUGGACCCUACCACUGAGAAAUCAAGAUGGCAGCCUACUAUGGGGAAUUGAGGAAAAUGGAUUAAUACAAGAGUCCUGUGAUAAUAUACAACCAAGACAGGGUUCUUUUAACAUGGAAUCCAUGCAGUGAAUGAAGACAUAGGUUUCUUACCCAACACAAAUGGACAGUGGAUUUGACUUUCUAAAGACUUUUUUUUGUGGACAUUUUGACAUUUGGAGAAGAAAGAUGGCACACUAACCCAGAUAAUAGUUUUUAUGCCUGGAAUUUUUUGCAGUUUGAUUUGUAUGAGUAUGACCUCUUGAAAUGUUAACUUUUAAUAAAAUUUAUAACACUUAAAAAUUUCUCAGUUUGGGUUUUUUUUUUUUAAGUGGAAGUUUCAUUCAAUGUUUAGUUUUAUUUUAGUAAUACUUUGGCCUUUGUAGUUGCCGAGUGGUAAAGUGUACUGAAUGUGAAUAAAACUGGUAAAUUGGAAAUGGUGUAAUCGAAAACAUUUUACUUGGUUUAUGAAGAUUUAUCAUUUUUCACAAAGUUGUGCUCUUAGAUGGUCAUUUGGUUUAAAUACUGUUUGUGCUUUCAUGAAACACCUUUCAAAACAACUCAAUGGGUAAUAAUAGAAUCUGAUUUUAAUCUGCCACAAGAUUUUAAUGAACUUGAAACAAACUGCUUGUUGCUCCAAAAUUCAGGAUGAGUGAUACACAUAUACUUCUGAAUUAUUUUGUGUUGACUGAAAUGGUUUCUUAAGCUUUUUAAUACUAUAAAUACAUCUUGCUAUAGAAUAUUCAUCUGAAUAUUUAAAUUGAUGUCUCCUAUUGUCUUACUAUUAGAGGAAGAAGUGUUGAAUUUAUGGGUUAGGGUCCUUGGAGUAUUCACAAUUUUUUAAAUUCGAAAUUAUGUGUGUAAUCCAUUUUAUAUAACUUUGAAGUAGGAUUAAUAUCUUGUAUUGUCUUUAUUUUGUACAAUUGGGAAUUUAAAAUAAAUGAAUUGCACCCUGCCAUAGAUUACUUAUGUUUGAUUUUUAAAUGCCAGGUUUUCAUUUAUUACUAAUCAACUGAUACCAGUUUUGGUAACUAUUACAAAGGUGGUAGGCAUUAUUUUGGUAGACAAAAUGAGUUCUUGAUUCUGUUUUCCCAUUUUACAUGAGAAGAAUAAAUAGUUCAGGUUAAAUUGUUUUGUGUUAAUCAUACUGUUUGUGAUUCAUGUCAAAUACUGCAGCAUACACAUCCAUUGUUAAUACAUGUGCACCAUUUGUUAUUGACUGAUGUGAGGUGGUUGGUCUUUGUCAAAUUCAAAAAUGGAAUUUUGGAUUUUGAUCUUGGUACAAAAUUUAUCUUUGUGUGUAGGGUAUGGAAUUGAAACGGUUUGGAUUAUGGAUUUUACCUAGAUUGGACGUUGUUGCUUUUGUUUGGUGUAAAUCUAAAGUGGAUUUCUUCAGUGAGGGAGGGACAUGGUUCUGGCAGAUUAUGUUGAAUAAGGAAAGUUGAUUGGAUUUUUUUGGGUGUAUGAAUAUGCUUGUCUGAAUGGAGUGCUUGGUAGGAUAUUGUUUUUGGAAUUAGUAAUUUGUUUCUGUGGAUCUCAUGGUUUUGAUAUUUAGGAGAAUUUGCUUUGUGACAUUACUUUGAUAAUUUGCAAUCAUGUAUGUCCUAUUGUUAAUAACAUUGUUGAAAUGGGUGUAUACUUAUUUGAUUUGAAAUAUAAGGGAAGUGUUGGGAUAUGUGUUUUCUGUUGGAUUUGGAUGUGGAGUUUCUUGGGUUACUGAUUGAAAGGUGAUCGUGGUUGGACCAUACUCUUGAAUUUUUGCCUGAAUCAGUGUGGGAAGUAAAUAUAUUGUGAUAAUGAGAAGUUUCUUUGGAGGGAGGAGUGUAAUAUUUUCAAGGUUAUAUAAUGGGUUAAAGAAUUUUGUGAAAGAACAAAGAAAAAUGGAUAUUCUUGAAUAAAAAUUGGUUGCAUUAACUUUUGCUCCAAUGCAACUUGAACACUAGGGAGGCGCUCUUGAGUUGUAAAAAUUACCCCUUUCUUCCAGUUGAGAUGGAAAAUUCCCCCUUAAAUUUUGUCUUUAGAUUAUUUUUAGGCAUCAUAAAGAAGGAAAAACUUGAAUUUAGUUUAUGAAAUUAAGGUUUUACUUUUAUUUAGCAAUCAUUUCACCCAUUGGGGGAUUAAUUUUUAAAAAGAUUAGUACUUAGCUGAGCUUUAGAUUCUCUAAGAAUUAUCCCUUUUUCAAAAUGGCUUUAUAAAACACCACUUCCUGUCCAGGGAGGAAGUUAUUUUAGCUCAAGGACUGAAAUAUUUAGCAGAUCUUUAGACAAAAGGAACAAAUUACAUUUCUCUCUGGCUUAAAAAGGGUGCUUGAGCCAGAGGGGGUUAAGAAGCCCUCCCCCCUCCCCCUGUUGGGGUGGUCUGGAGGGGCAGGGAGGUGUGGGGGUGGGGGUCCUUAGGCUCCCUGGGAUGGAGGAUCUCUCUCUCUCUCUCUUUUUUUUUUUUUUUUUUUUGGUGGAGAUGAAGGGGUGGGUCUAUGGUACAUCACCUGAGUUGUGGGGUAAAUGUAGAGAGUGUCAAUCAAAGGCAGAGCUCUCAGAGCUGGGAAGGAGGCUCUAGAUGGCGGCUGUGCCUUAGAGAGAGCGCGCUCUGCUCCCUGCCUUUGCCUCACUUUACGCAACUUUCCCUAACUUUCGGGCAGCCUCAGGGGGCCCCCGUAGCCCCCUGUCUUUCCUAGGGACUUACUGGGGUCGAUUCGAACCUUUUUUUGGGAGAAAAGCAGCUUUUAGGAGCUUUCUUUUCGUGCCUUGUUGGAAAGAAGCAGCCGUACUGAGAGCCCAGGUCGUUGUUUUUUCCAGCUUAGAAGCCAUGGCGCACCUCCAUUUUUGUGCGCUCUCCUAAUGAGGUUUUUUUUCUUUCGGACCUGUUUUAGUAUUAAUUAUUGCUUUAUUUUUUUGACCAGUUAACAUAUUUGAGGGUUAUUUUAUUUAUUUUUCGUUUUUUAACGGAGGAUUUUGCCUUUAUUUUUAAUUAUUUGGGAUCUGAUAUUUUUCUACUAGUAGAUAGGACUCUUGCUUUGGACAUACUACAUGGAUCAGUAAAUACCUGGGCACAGGACUUCAAAGCAAACACAGAUUCCCCCUCCCCCUUAAUAUUUAAGAAUUAAAAGAUGAUGAGAAAUAAGGACAAAAGCCAAGAGGAGGACAGUUCGCUACACAGCAAUGCAUCGAGGUAUGAGCUAUCAACUUUCUUCCUUUUUGUCUUUUUUUUUGGGGGAGAAACCUCAGCUUACAAUUGUUUACCUUGACAGACACGGAUUGCUGUCUGUUUUAUUGUGUUUUUCUAAUUUGGAUUCGUUUUUUAAAGCAUGACCUUGAGAUUGCUAAUAUGCCACACCCUAAUUUUUUGGUAGCAAUUUAUGAAAGUUGAGUUGUGACUUAGGGCCUCUUACAGCAGUCAAAAGGUAAGGUACCUUUAUUCAAAGGGGCCUUUCCUGUAAUGUACAGUUUUUCUGUCAGUAAAUUUCAGUUUUUAGGUUUUUGUACUGCAGAAAAAUGACCUUGUCGGUUUAGCCAUUGCUGCAUUGCACCAUUUUACAUACAAGGCAAAUUUUUUCUUUGAAGAAUCCAGGAUAUCUAAACUUGUAACUGAGGGCCAUAGAGAAGCCUUGUAGUAGUAAAUUAUAGUAAAUAGACAUAUCAGAAAGUUAUAUGAAUGAAAAAAUGUACAUUUAAAAACAAAAUCACUUAAAGGACCCUUUGACUGAUGCCUCUCAGUUUAUAUUUUUAUGUGACUUUAUAUUUCUUUUGAUACACUUGACAUUUUAGGAAAUUUUGAUGUGAUUUAUCAAAACCUUUACUUGAUGGUUAGAGUUCCUGCAUUUAUGAAAUCAAAUCUGUAAUAACAGCAAUCCUGGAAUACUCUUAAUAUACUGCUAUUUUGUGUUUGUUACUGUGAUCAUAUUUACAGUUGUAUAUUUUACAUUUAAAUUAUUUUAAGGUUUGCAUUUGUAUGCUUAAGACAUUGAUUUCUUGUUGGUAGAUGUAUUUUAUCCUCACAAUUUAGAUGUAGCUGCUUUAAAUUUAUUGAUGUAUUUCGACAGAGUCGUCUGGAAUGCUUUAUCUUCUGAAGCUUACAAAUGUACUGUUUGUGCAUAUCAUGAUGUGUUUCACAUUCCUUGGAGUACCUUGUUAGUGAUGAAGUAAUAAAGCCUCUAAGAUGUUUUUGUUGUAUGACCUUUGUAUAUUAAUUUUAAAAAGUACAUAUGAAUGCAUUUUUUGAUGUGUUCUUUAUGCAUUUUCAUAUUAUAAAUUUUAAAUCAUGCAGUUUAACAAGGAUGUGAUUCAUGUGGUUUUCCUUCCCAAUUUUAUUUUUACUUUUCUAAUUUUUAUAAAUAAUACACUUUUCUAUUAGGCUAGUGAAUUUGAAAGUUUUGAACAUGAUGUAUUACUAAUAUGCUGAAUUCUAUUUAUUUUAUGUGACUAAAAGCAGAUUGAGCCUUGCUUUAGAAAAUAAGUUACCAAAUUUUUUUGCAUUGAGUUGUCACCCAGUUUGUAGUGCUGUCUUAAUUGAAUUGCCCAUGUAAAUUACUAGAUUAAAUUGAGGACAGAAAAGUUUUUUACUCAUCCUAAACUGUUUUUUUCUGGAAAGUAAUGACAAUUUGAAGAAAUGAGAACCUCCAGAUAUAUUUGGCAAAUUAUAUUAAAGAUUCAGCACUAAAAUUGUUGCUCCCUUGAGUGUAUCAUUUGCAUAGGUCUCACAUGGGUUUUGGCUUUCUUAUGCAAGGUUUGUGGUUAACAUCAUUGAUGAGACUAUGCUUUCUAAUUUUAAAAAAUUGAGCAGUGUUGGUAUUCUUUCAGUAUUUUUACUCUCACCUGGAAAACUACCUGGAAGUUGUCAGGCAUUUGCCUACUGGUAGUGGAGGUUACAGCUGUACAUGAAGCAUGUACUGACUGUACUUUUAAAUUCAUUUGUCAAGUAUACUUUGAAUCAUAUACCUGAUGGAUGUCCAAAAAUAUUUAAGACUCUUUGAAAAGAAGAUACUUUUAGUUAUCCUAAAUUUCAUACCUUAAUACAUGUACAUAAUUAUGACAUCACUUCCUUUUAAAAUUGUGCAGCUGUAGAAUGUUACUGGUGUUUUAAUGUGGUAGAUAAUAUUCUAGUGAGCUGAACUGUCCCUGUAAUUAGUACUUGGUUCCUUCUGCCAUCAGAGUUUUUAUUGCCCAAAGUAUAGUGUUUAGGGAAUACUACGAAAAUCACCUUUGCAGCCUGAGCCACAGAAGAGGAAAUGAGUUUGCAGGUCAAGUAAACUUUGGUCUGAGAAUUACUUUAGGAUCUGGAAGGAAUGAGUGCAAGUUUAAGUAAAUCUGGUGAUAUCCUGUUUUUGGAAAUAGUGCAGUAGUUAAUAGUGGUUAUAUAAGUUUGUAUUUUAAUUUGAAGUUAAUGCUAAAGUCUUACACUUUAUCAGGAUUUUUGAAAAUUAAAAAACGCGAUUUUAAAAACAUUUGAUAUUUGUAAAAUUUCUAAGUAUUUAAAACAAAGUUUUAAUGAUGGACAUACGAGAAGUAUACCAUACUUUUUAUCUGAAUAAUUUGCAGCUUGGGGAUAACUUAAGUAACAUCAAAGAAUGAAAACGGGACUGUGUGCACACACAGAGUUCAGUGUGUUCUCUGGGGCACCACGUUAGCAAUUUAUCUUAAGAAUUGAACGAGUUUAUUAAAUUUAUCUCCAAAUCGUCUGCCUUUGAGCCAGAUUUAUUUUUAUAACCUGAGGUGCAGGUAAAUCCUACAAUUUUCAGGGGUACUUUACCAGUUAUUCUAAAAGGCUGGGGAUGAUUAGAAAUGGCAUAAUGCAGUUACUUGUGUACUAGAACAGGCAGUUUAACUGGCAGCCAUUUUAUGACGCUGAUAAUACAUUAAAAAACGGGAUUUUGGAGAAGACUGAAUCUAAACUAAUUGAAAUCUGAAAUACCAAAGCCUAUUUCCUUCCUCCUCUCUGCUCUUCUGGGGAGCUCUGGUGCCGAAAUAAAAGGCAGCUCGAUAGUUAGGGCACGCAGCAGCUCUUUGAGCCCCUGGCAUCUUGGUGCAGGUCCAGCUCAGUCACAAAAUGGCUGUUCCUUUGUGCCGCAGCGCUGACAGACAUACUGCAUUGCACUGUGUACUCGCCAAACAGCAGGAAGUUGCCGUGCCGAGUUCAAAGGCCGGCCGGAGCCGGCGCGGGGUGCUGAUUGGCUGUGCGCGCGCCUGGUAACAGCAGGGUCAACGGCGGCGCCUUCGGUAGCCCCCGCCCCGUGACGUCAGACGGCUCCGCGCGGGGGCGGGGAGAGAACGCAGUGACGUCUGGCCGCGUGCGCGUGUCGGGUCCUUUCUCCUCCCCCUACCCAGGGAGCCGCACGCCGAGGGGAAAAGGAAGGGAACUGUAGUUGGGACUUUCCGGUGGGCGGCUGCUUUCCUGGACGCGUUUGCUCCUGGCAGUCUUGGUCCGCCCUUGCCUGUAGCGGUCCGCACCCUGUAGUGUGUAUUCUUUUGCUCAUUUCCGGGAAUGGUUUAUCCUCUUUGAGAAGCGGCUGCUUUUGGAGAAAAAGUACAGUCACUAUUUAUAAGUCUUAAAGGCACUAUUUGGAAAUUUUAAAAUAGAAAAUUUGCCCAGUUUUUGCAUUUUCCCUUUUCAUACCUUAGCGUCCCUUCUCCUCGCCCCCGUGCAGUGUGAAGAAUGAGUGGGUUUUUGUUACCAUUGACCAAAACGUUUUGAGUGUCAGAGGCGGAUACUUCUACUUUAGUGAAAACCUUGACGGGUGUUAACAGCUGUUUAAUACAUGGCUCAUAAACAAAGGCAGGAUUAUUUGAACUUGUCCCCGUGCGUUUUUACUUGGUACCGUACAUUUUCUCAGUUGGCAUUUGAUGGAGAAAAACUCAGAAGACCCGGCUGCCUGGGAGGUGAACAAGCCUUCAGCUGCCUUUGCUAUGGGAAUACAGUUUUCCAGUCACUCAGCCUCUGAAGAAGCUUCGGGUUCAGACUCAGGCAGUCAGUCGGAAAGUGAGCAGGGAAGUGAUCCAGGAAGUGGACAUGGCAGCGAGUCGAAUAGCAGUUCUGAAUCUUCUGAGAGUCAGUCGGAAUCUGAGAGUGAAUCAGCAGGUUCCAAAUCCCAGCCAGUCCUCCCAGAAGCCAAAGAGAAGCCAGCCUCUAAGAAGGAACGGAUAGCUGAUGUGAAGAAGAUGUGGGAAGAAUAUCCUGAUGUUUAUGGGGUCAGGCGGUCAAACCGAAGCAGACAAGAACCUUCGCGAUUUAAUAUUAAGGAAGAGGCAAGUAGCGGGUCUGAGAGUGGGAGCCCAAAAAGAAGAGGCCAGAGGCAGCUGAAAAAACAAGAAAAAUGGAAACAGGAACCCUCAGAAGAUGAACAGGAACAAGGCACCAGUGCAGAGAGUGAGCCAGAACAAAAAAAAGUAAAAGCCAGAAGACCUGUCCCCAGAAGACCAGUGCCCAAACCUCGUGUUAAAAAGCAGCCGAAGACUCAGCGUGGAAAGAGAAAAAAGCAGGAUUCUUCUGAUGAGGAUGAUGAUGAUGAUGAAGCUCCCAAAAGGCAGACUCGUCGAAGAGCGGCUAAAAAUGUUAGUUACAAAGAAGAUGAUGACUUUGAGACUGACUCAGAUGAUCUCAUUGAAAUGACUGGAGAAGGAGUUGAUGAACAGCAGGAUAAUAGUGAAACUAUUGAAAAGGUCUUAGAUUCAAGACUGGGAAAGAAAGGAGCCACUGGAGCUUCUACUACUGUAUAUGCGAUUGAAGCUAAUGGGGACCCUAGUGGUGACUUUGACACUGAAAAGGAUGAAGGUGAAAUCCAGUACCUCAUCAAGUGGAAGGGUUGGUCUUACAUCCACAGCACAUGGGAGAGUGAAGAAUCCUUACAGCAACAGAAAGUGAAGGGCCUAAAAAAACUAGAGAACUUCAAGAAAAAAGAGGAUGAAAUCAAACAAUGGUUAGGGAAAGUUUCUCCUGAAGAUGUAGAAUAUUUCAAUUGCCAACAGGAGCUGGCUUCAGAGUUGAAUAAACAGUAUCAGAUAGUAGAAAGAGUAAUAGCUGUGAAGACAAGUAAAUCUACAUUGGGUCAAACAGAUUUUCCAGCUCAUAGUCGGAAGCCGGCACCCUCAAAUGAGCCUGAAUAUCUAUGUAAAUGGAUGGGACUCCCCUAUUCAGAGUGUAGCUGGGAAGAUGAAGCCCUCAUUGGAAAGAAAUUCCAGAAUUGCAUUGACAGCUUCCACAGUAGGAACAACUCAAAAACCAUCCCAACAAGAGAAUGCAAGGCCCUGAAGCAGAGACCACGAUUUGUAGCUUUAAAGAAACAACCUGCAUAUUUAGGAGGGGAGAAUCUGGAACUUCGAGAUUAUCAGCUAGAAGGUCUAAACUGGCUUGCUCAUUCCUGGUGCAAAAAUAAUAGUGUAAUCCUUGCUGAUGAAAUGGGCCUAGGAAAGACCAUCCAGACCAUAUCAUUCCUCUCCUACCUGUUCCACCAACACCAGCUGUAUGGCCCCUUUCUUAUAGUCGUCCCUUUAUCCACCCUCACCUCAUGGCAGAGAGAGUUUGAAAUCUGGGCACCAGAGAUUAACGUAGUGGUUUACAUAGGUGACCUGAUGAGCAGAAAUACGAUAAGGGAAUAUGAAUGGAUUCAUUCCCAAACCAAAAGAUUGAAGUUCAACGCACUUAUAACAACAUAUGAGAUCCUCUUGAAAGAUAAGACUGUGCUGGGCAGUAUUAACUGGGCCUUUCUGGGAGUGGAUGAAGCCCAUCGGUUGAAGAAUGAUGACUCUUUAUUGUAUAAAACUCUGAUUGAUUUCAAGUCCAACCAUAGGCUCCUGAUUACGGGGACCCCUCUUCAGAAUUCCCUCAAAGAGCUCUGGUCCUUGCUGCACUUUAUUAUGCCGGAGAAGUUUGAAUUUUGGGAAGAUUUUGAAGAAGACCAUGGGAAAGGGAGAGAGAAUGGCUACCAGAGUCUUCAUAAGGUGCUAGAGCCUUUCCUUCUCCGGAGAGUCAAAAAAGAUGUGGAGAAAUCCCUUCCUGCUAAAGUGGAACAGAUUCUCAGGGUGGAGAUGUCAGCCCUUCAGAAACAGUAUUACAAGUGGAUUCUGACCAGGAAUUACAAGGCUCUUGCCAAAGGAACAAGAGGCAGCACAUCUGGUUUUCUUAAUAUUGUGAUGGAACUGAAAAAAUGUUGCAACCACUGCUAUCUGAUUAAACCCCCUGAAGAAAAUGAAAGGGAAAAUGGACAGGAGAUUCUUCUGUCCCUCAUAAGGAGCAGUGGGAAGCUGAUUUUAUUAGACAAACUGUUGACAAGACUUCGAGAAAGGGGGAAUCGAGUGCUUAUCUUCUCUCAGAUGGUGAGAAUGUUGGAUAUCCUGGCUGAAUACCUAACUAUUAAACACUAUCCUUUCCAGCGUCUGGAUGGUUCCAUCAAGGGAGAAAUCCGAAAACAGGCACUGGACCACUUCAAUGCAGAUGGGUCUGAGGACUUCUGUUUCCUGCUCUCGACAAGGGCUGGUGGCCUGGGAAUCAAUUUGGCUUCAGCGGACACAGUCGUCAUCUUUGACUCUGACUGGAACCCCCAGAAUGACUUGCAGGCACAAGCCCGAGCGCAUAGAAUUGGUCAGAAGAAGCAGGUAAAUAUUUACCGCUUAGUUACAAAGGGGACUGUGGAGGAGGAGAUUAUAGAACGGGCCAAAAAGAAGAUGGUAUUAGAUCAUCUGGUGAUUCAGCGCAUGGACACCACUGGCCGGACGAUCCUGGAAAACAACUCGGGAAGGUCCAACUCAAAUCCUUUUAAUAAAGAAGAGCUGACAGCUAUUUUGAAAUUUGGAGCAGAGGAUCUCUUCAAAGAACUGGAAGGGGAGGAAUCAGAACCUCAGGAAAUGGAUAUAGAUGAAAUUUUGCGGUUGGCUGAAACAAGAGAGAAUGAAGUGUCAACAAGUGCAACAGAUGAACUUCUAUCACAGUUUAAGGUUGCCAACUUUGCAACAAUGGAAGAUGAAGAAGAGCUGGAAGAGCGUCCUCACAAGGACUGGGAUGAGAUCAUUCCAGAGGAACAAAGGAAAAAAGUAGAGGAGGAGGAGCGGCAGAAGGAGCUAGAAGAAAUUUAUAUGCUGCCUCGAAUUCGGAGUUCCACUAAAAAGGCUCAGACAAAUGACAGUGACUCUGACACUGAGUCUAAGAGGCAGGCCCAGAGAUCCUCCGCUUCUGAGAGUGAGACGGAAGACUCUGAUGAUGACAAGAAGCCAAAGCGCAGAGGGCGUCCCAGGAGUGUGCGGAAGGACCUCGUGGAGGGAUUUACUGAUGCAGAGAUCCGAAGGUUCAUCAAGGCUUAUAAGAAGUUUGGUCUCCCUCUUGAACGGCUGGAGUGCAUAGCACGUGAUGCUGAGCUGGUAGAUAAGUCGGUGGCAGAUCUGAAGCGCCUAGGUGAACUGAUCCACAACAGCUGUGUGUCAGCAAUGCAGGAAUAUGAAGAGCAGCUGAAAGAAAAUGCCAGUGAGGGAAAAGGACCAGGGAAAAGGAGAGGUCCAACAAUCAAGAUAUCCGGAGUUCAGGUUAAUGUGAAAUCCAUUAUCCAACAUGAAGAGGAGUUUGAGAUGCUGCAUAAAUCUAUCCCUGUGGACCCUGAAGAAAAAAAAAAAUACUGCUUAACCUGUCGUGUCAAAGCUGCACAUUUUGAUGUAGAGUGGGGGGUGGAAGAUGAUUCUCGCCUGUUGCUGGGAAUUUAUGAACAUGGCUAUGGAAACUGGGAGUUAAUUAAAACAGACCCAGAGCUUAAAUUAACUGACAAAAUUCUGCCGGUGGAGACAGAUAAAAAGCCUCAGGGGAAGCAGCUACAGACCCGAGCGGAUUACUUGUUGAAGCUGCUCAGAAAGGGUCUGGAGAAGAAGGGGGCUGUGACAGGUGGGGAAGAGGCCAAAUUAAAGAAGCGGAAGCCUCGGGUAAAGAAGGAAAACAAAGUGCCCAGGCUGAAAGAGGAGCAUGGAAUUGAGCUUUCAUCUCCUAGGCAUUCAGAUAAUCCAUCAGAAGAGGGAGAAGUGAAAGAUGAUGGCUUGGAAAAAAGUCCAAUGAAAAAAAAACAGAAGAAGAAGGAGAACAAGGAGAACAAGGAGAAACAAAUGAGUUCUAGGAAAGACAAAGAAGGGGACAAGGAAAAAAAGAAGUCAAAAGAUAAGAAAGAGAAGCCUAAAAGUGGUGAUGCCAAAUCUUCGAGUAAAUCAAAGCGAUCUCAGGGUCCUGUCCAUAUUACAGCAGGAAGUGAACCUGUCCCCAUUGGAGAGGAUGAGGAUGAUGAUCUGGACCAGGAGACAUUCAGCAUAUGUAAGGAGAGGAUGAGGCCCGUGAAAAAGGCACUGAAACAGCUCGACAAACCUGACAAGGGGCUCAACGUGCAAGAACAGCUGGAACACACCCGGAACUGCCUACUGAAAAUUGGAGACCGGAUAGCCGAGUGCCUUAAAGCCUACUCAGAUCAGGAGCACAUCAAACUCUGGAGGAGGAACCUAUGGAUUUUUGUUUCCAAGUUUACAGAAUUUGAUGCUCGAAAACUGCAUAAGUUAUACAAGAUGGCUCAUAAGAAAAGGUCUCAAGAAGAGGAGGAGCAAAAGAAGAAAGAUGACAUGCCUGGGGGUAAGAAACCAUUUCGUCCAGAGGCCUCAGGCUCCAGCCGGGAUUCUCUGAUCUCUCAGUCCCAUACCUCACACAACCUUCACCCUCAGAAGCCUCAUUUGCCUGCCUCCCAUGGCCCACAGAUGCAUGGACACCCAAGAGAUAACUACAGUCACCCCAACAAGAGACACUUCAGUAACGCAGAUCGAGGAGACUGGCAGAGGGAAAGAAAGUUCAACUAUGGUGGUGGCAACAACAAUCCACCAUGGGGAAGCGACAGGCACCAUCAGUAUGAGCAGCACUGGUACAAGGACCACCAUUAUGGGGACCGGCGACAUAUGGAUGCCCACCGUUCCGGAAGCUAUCGACCCAACAACAUGUCCAGAAAGAGGCCUUAUGACCAGUACAGCAGUGACCGAGACCACCGGGGACACAGAGAUUAUUAUGAUAGGCACCAUCAUGACUCCAAGCGGAGGAGAUCCGAUGAAUUUAGGCCUCAAAAUUACCACCAGCAGGAUUUCCGACGAAUGUCUGAUCACCGCCCCCCUAUGGGCUACCAUGGCCAGGGACCCUCAGACCAUUACCGCUCUUUCCACACAGAUAAACUGGGGGAAUAUAAACAGCCUCUACCCCCAUUGCACCCUGCAGUCUCAGAUCCUCGCUCACCCCCUUCUCAGAAAUCUCCUCACGAUUCCAAGUCACCCCUGGAUCAUAGGUCUCCUUUGGAGAGAUCACUAGAACAGAAAAACAACCCAGAUUAUAACUGGAAUGUUCGGAAAACAUAAAGGACAGCUCGUCAAGGAGAGAGUAAGAGUCACCAAACACGUGGAUAUUUUUGGUCUGAUCCUACAGUAGCCAGUUAUCUAGACCAGUAAGUGGAGUUUCGGACAUGCUGCUGCUGUCAACUCACUGGCUGAAGGAGCACUUCAAGGAAUGGGAGGCCUUUCACUGGGUCCAGCUCUGAUUCGGGUCACCCCUCCUGCACUUUGGCACCCCAUCCCAUUCCAGCCUAGUUCUGGCCUCCCACUUUGACGGGCACUUGGAGGAGGAGCUGACUUUGUGUGUACCAGUUUCACUGGGAUGUGUUUCCCCAGUCAAGGAACAGGGGAUCUUCAGAGUCAUGAAUGUUUUUUGCCAGGGUCAGUGUUCCCAGGACCUUAGUGCAUGGUCAGGGCAGGAACUGGUGCAUGGAGGCUGCUGGGACCUGAUGUUACAGUGUGUGAUUUGGUUGAUUUGGUUCACUCUGACAUGAUGGAUGCUGCUGAUGGGGAGUGGCGAGUUGGGGCAAACGGGUGGGGACAAGCAUAGGACUUGAAGGGGAGCAGGUACACCCCUCAAACGUGUUCUUGGGAGAAAUGAUACACUUGGCCUCAUUAUGUGAAACCUAUGGGUGGGGUUGAGGUGGGGAAGUAGAGAGAGGGCAACAGCUUCCACAACUGCUUCAUCUCUGCCAACACUAAUUUUUCCCACACUGUCUUUGUACAUUUCAGAGGUUUGGUCUCCUGAGUGGGCCUCCUUUUCCCACUGUGCCAGGAAAAGUAGGUUGCUCUGGCUGACUUUUGAGUACUGUGAGUUAGGCAACAUUGAUGCCAGCAUGGGUCUUACUUGACUGGGGAGUAGGCUGAGUGAGGGGUAGGGUGGGGUAGGUGGGGAGUAGUGUGGCCAGGGAACUGGAAUCCCUGGUGGAUUUCUGAUUCCUAUGCUGAGAAGGAAAGCUACAGGACCUGGAGAAGGGGAUGCAGAGGCAGGCCUGCUGACCAACUUGUUGCAAUCACAAAGGUGGGGGUCCUGGUGCAGGCAGUGAACAGGCUUCUAAUGUGGGGUUCAGUAGUGCCAGCAAGUGGGGGAAACUUUCAGUAUUGGGCUAGGUCAACACUUCCUGCUGCAUUUCCUUCCCUUUGCACAGCUUGAAGAAAUAGAUUGGACAGAAUCACACAUCAUGUGGUGGGCAGAUGGAAAUAAGUACCUGUGGUGAACAAGUUUCUACUGUAGUUGGAGAUGACUAGAAUUGAAUUCAGUUUCUCUUAGAAUAUAAUCAGGUAUAAACCUAAGUUAAACUCUCUCCCAAACAGGGAGCAUCCAAAGACACAGUGACUUGAGCUAUAGAUAGUAAAAAUCGUACUAGAGUUGAACUGAGUUGGGUUUAGGAAGCAAGUUGGUUGCAUCAAUUAAGCAGGCUCUUUUCAAUUGACUGAUGCUGGGGCCUUCAGUUUUAUUCUCAGUAUAGCUUGCUAGUAUUGUUAGAGUAUCCAAAGGCCUUUCUAGAUGGAGACAGAAUAACUGACUUGAACAUACAGUGUGCCUGUAAGUGUCCAGGCUCAGAGCUGGUGAAAACCCUUUUGUUGGGCGUGUGCAGGGUUAAACUCCCUGAAGUAACUUGUGAGGACUUCAGUGCUUGCUGCUGUCCUGGGCAGCACCAUGAAUGCCUUUAGCAAGACAUGCCGAGUUGGAUCCCCCGAAUGAAGCAGAUGUAGCUGUGGUGUGACCCUUGCUCCCUGCUACACAGAGCAUCGCAGCGCUGGCCUGUGUGGUUUCCAGAUGAGGGUCUGGGUCCCGGAAGCUUGUGUUGAGAGCUCGGUAGACCCACCCCCCUUACUGAACCCUCAUAGUUCUUGGGGUUGUUCAGCCUGGACUUGUAGCAUACAUGUCCUGAAGCAAAGCUCUGGUGACUGCAUGAGCCACCUGGCCACAGUCCUCCCAUGGAGGGCCUGCUGUGACGCUCAGUGGAGAGGGCAGGGCAUGUGUCUCCACUUAGGCCACACAGUGAUAAGGAAACCACAGAUGGAGCUUCUUGCUGAUAAUAUUGACUCUAGCCCACGUUUGCCUUGCCCAAGCCAAAGAGGAAGGUUAGGUUGGCUUGUCAAGCCCUUGAGCGAUGGGAGAUGGGGUGGGAAGGUGAGCCCCUGCAGAGAGUUGGGUAGUGUCCUUCAGGAACGAAAGGAGGGGCAAAGGAGUCACCAGAGGCCCUGCAUUUCCAUCAGGGUUUCCACAGUCAUCAGGGCUUCUCCCUUGAGUUGCUGAUAGGAGAUGUGAGUUAUGCCCAAAGAUGUCUCAUCAUGAGGAAAAAGAAACUUCUUUUGUUCACAUUCAGGACCCUUAGUGCCAUAUGAAGUAGCAAAAGGCAGUAUCGGCCAGAUCAGUGUUACAUUGAUGCUAAAAUUACAGUGUCCCCAUUAGACAACUAUUUUAGGUGCUGGAAUAUGUUUGAAGAGUGCGUUGGGAAAAAGGAAGCAUUUCUUCAUUGAUUUAAAUCAGUAUGAAUAUUAUAUGCCUAAAUAAAAAAUUUGCACAGGUAAAUUCUCUCACUUGUGAAUGGGAGAAGCUGCCCCAGGAAUCUGUGAGGAUGGCAUUCCCUGGAGCCUGGCUUUGAAAGAUUUUAUUGUUGGUAGAAAUAACGGGUUGAGGAAGAGGGAGUUAGUUAGCAUCACCUAAAACCUGCACGUGAACAAGGGUUGACAUGAUACACUAUGGCCUUUAGAAAAGGGCCAGGUGAAACCCCAAGCUAAUCACUGCGGUCUUUCAGAGCCGGACAGACAGGUGCCAGCAGAGCCCGGGGCUCGCUCUCCUUUCAGUCAUUCCUCAGCCCUUGGAAGGGAAGCCCAAACACUUCGCACGCUGUGCUGCAGACAUUCUGGCCUGGUGUGUCUGAAAGUUGCAUCAGUCCUCACGGUGCAAACACAGUUUAUUUAGGAAGUCACACAAUGACACUGAAAUCCUACAGACCAAAAUCCACUUGUCAGCAGGAGCAGCAGCCCAGGCCCAGCACCAGCGGUCUUCCGGCUCCUCUGAGGGCUGCCACGUUGGGCGAGGGGAGCCAUGCCAAGGGUCCAGGCUGCUUUAGGCCACCUGUGCCCCACUCAUCUGGGGACAGAUGGUUUUUCUUUAUUGUAAAAUUGUGGACUUUUAAAACCUGUUGACUAAACAGUAAUUAAUUUAUAUUUGUGAAAAAUGCCACUGUCCUAGUGAUUUCUGAUGUAAAUAAUGUUGUUUAUAUAGUAUGUAUUAAAUUUUCCUACAUUGUAAAACUGCUGUACUUUUGAUUCUUGUAUAUUAAAAAGUGUUCCUGAGGAUUUUUA